GGCGCUUGGAUUGGCCCGGCCAUGCCAUCACUCUCCGGACGCGUCACCGCCCCCGUUUCCGACCGCCCGGAGACCGGCAGCGGUGUUAGUGCUCGCGGGGCCGCGGCGGAGGGCAUCGUGCUAGCCUGCUCACUCCCGCUCGCCCGCGGGUCGGCGCGCUCGCCCAGUGGAGCGGCGCCCCAGGCUGCGGGGCUGCCAGGCUGCACACCCACCGCUGCCUGGGAAGCAGAGACAGCUAGUCUAGCUCCGAGAUGGGGAGAGGGCGAAGUUGACGAGCUCCCUACCCACGUUGCGCCCCUCCUGCCCCGAGGUGCGCUGCCCUGUCCCGGAGGUGCCCGCACGCGGCCCUGCGCCAGGUGUGCGCGGGACACCCCGCCCCCUGGUACCCGAAAACUUCGUCCCAAGUUCAAAGAGUGGACUCCGAGGGCGUUGCCCGGAGCCGGACUCCCGACUCCGCGCAGAGGGAGCUGUCCUAGCGGCUUGCACGGCCGUCGGAGGGAGUUGACCCGCUGGAAACUUUAUCACCAUCAUCGUAAAUACUACGCUUUACUGUUUCUCUCCCCCCAGGGGCUGCAUCCAGCGGUCUGUCGCGCGUACUUGCUUGCCAAAGGAGCCGCCCCAGGAAGACCCAGGGGGGAGCUGUUACCCCAGGGGAUACCUGCAGCCCAGCCCAGGGUUUUGGGCGGCCUGGAUGCGCAGGAUUCAGCACCGCAACCGCUGACGCCGGGCGGCGGCGAAGUUUGGCUGCUGAGCGGCGCGGCACAGGGCCACUGGACAGCGGGCAGCCGGGCGACCGCAGCGGCGGGAGCGAUGCCUGUGGGGGGCCUGUUGCCGCUCUUCAGCAGCCCCGCGGGCGGCGGCCUGGGCGGGGGUCUCGGCGGCGGCGGAGGUGGUGGCAGGAAGGGGUCGGGCCCCGCUGCCUUCCGCCUGACGGAGAAGUUCGUGCUGCUGCUGGUGUUCAGCGCCUUCAUCACGCUCUGCUUCGGAGCGAUCUUCUUCCUGCCUGACUCCUCCAAGCUGCUCAGCGGGGUCCUGUUCCACUCCAGCCCCGCCCUGCAGUCGGCCGCCGACCACAAGCCCGGGCCCGGGGGGCGCGCCGAGGACCCGGCAGAAGGGCGAGCCCGGCACGGUGAUGAGGGCGCGCUCGGGGACCCCGCCGCUGCGCUGGAGGACAACUUGGCCAGGAUCCGUGAAAACCACGAGCGGGCUCUCAGGGAAGCCAAGGAGACCCUGCAGAAGCUGCCCGAGGAGAUCCAAAGAGACAUCCUGCUGGAGAAGGAAAAGGUGGCUCAGGACCAGCUGCGUGACAAGGCGGUGUUCAGGGGGCUGCCCCCGGUGGAUUUCGUGCCCCCCAUCGGAGCGGUUGGCCGGGAGCCGGCCGACGCCGCCAUCCGAGAGAAGAGGGCGAAGAUCAAAGAGAUGAUGAAACACGCUUGGAAUAAUUACAAACGUUAUGCCUGGGGACUAAAUGAACUGAAACCCAUUUCAAAAGAAGGCCAUUCAAGCAGUUUGUUUGGUAAUAUCAAAGGAGCAACAAUAGUAGAUGCUCUGGAUACACUUUUUAUUAUGGAAAUGAAAGAUGAAUUUGAAGAGGCAAAAUCAUGGGUUGAAGAAAAUCUAGAUUUUAAUGUGAAUGCUGAAGUUUCUGUUUUUGAAGUAAAUAUACGCUUUGUUGGUGGACUGCUCUCAGCCUACUAUCUGUCUGGAGAAGAGAUAUUUCGAAAGAAAGCAGUGGAACUUGGGGAAAAAUUGCUACCAGCAUUUCAUACUCCCUCUGGAAUACCUUGGGCAUUGCUGAAUAUAAAAAG